CAAUUAUCCAACAGAGGCAGAGGAGGUACAGUAAGCAACAGGACCCAGAGCAAAGUGGAAGAUCCCAGAGUAAAAUUUUAAAAAAAUACUGUUUUUUAGUGUGUUAAUAUGUUAUUAAUAUACAACAAGUGAUCUAAUAACAGUGUAAAGAUAACAGUUGAUUUAUUCAUUGUUAGACACAGCAGGCUAUACAUCAUGUAGGUGAAGUGAAUAAGAACACCGCUACUGGUUUCCUGAGAUGUAGCCACUGUCAUCCCAGAUCCAGAAAUUCCUUGGAUUUUCUGGGUCAGUGGUAAUGACAUUUCUUCUUGACAUUAUGUUAUGGUGCUGAGAGUUGUGAAUUUCCACUCAGUCAGACUGUCACAUAGCGAGACUUCAGUGGACUAUCUGUGCCAUGAAUGUCCUAACCUCCUGACAGAGAUUGUUGUGUUUUGAAAGUGUACUCUCACAGUAGGCAUAUGGACAUUUUCAAAUAUAGGUAAUGACAAUAAGACAUGUCACAGAGCAAUUGUGUGAACAUUUUGCCUAUGUUAUUACAUCAUUACUACAAUCAUAAACACUUGCAGUAGGCUAUGCAUAAUAUUUAUGUAUAGAAAUAAAUAAAAAAUAAAGAAUGAAAGAAAGAUAGAAAAAAGUGUAAAAACAAGUAGUUGAGAAUAUAUGUAUUUGUUCAUAUGAUAGCAACAUUUAGUAUUGAUACAGAACAUGUGCAACAAACAGGCCUGCCUGUGUAGUGAGUUUUUCUCCAAAUGUUUGAAGAAUGUGUAAUUUAAUCAACUACAUUUCCCGAAAUACAUUGCUCUGGCCAGGGUCGCUGUUUUUCAGAGAAAGCAGAAUUCCGAGUGCAGAGUCCAAACUGUUGACGACAGCGAGGUGUUUAUCUUACGUGAGCUUUUGGAUCUUGUCUGCAAGGAAGAUACGAUGUUGGUUCGGAUGCUGUCUGGUGGCCGUGGGUUCGGUUUCGGUUUCAGAGUUCCGAGGGAGUGUCUGCGGAGAGUUGGACUCGGAAUAGCGGGGAGGCAGGAGAGGCAUGCUUCAAGUUCAGAGGUACUGUUCCAUCAACCUCCAGGGCAAACUUCUGCUGCUCACUAAAACCAACCCAAAACGUAGCAAUUCUAAAGGAUUUGUCCAUGCAGUUGGCCUAGUGCUGGGAAAUAUUGAAUAUGCAUUGUGUUUCAGAUCCUUCAGAACCUAAUUUUGGUUAAUUUUUUCAUAUAUGUUUUAGAUGUGUUUAGUCGUCAAACCUUGUUUUUGUUCUUAUUUUGAUGCAUAAGCUAUUGCAAUAUGACAGAACAGUCAUCAUGUUUUGCUUGCCCAUUUGCUCCAUGUUUUUUCCCCCUCUUAUUUGUGGCACACUUGGUCAUGCAAAUCAAAUCGACAUCUGUCCCAGCAGAAUGCCCCCGAGCCCGCACAGAUCCCUUCACUUGACUGGCUGCUGCAGAUGAUGAUUUUAUUAAAAGCAUGGUAGUGGCUUCUGUCAGAGGGGUAUAGAUAGGCCUGCCUCUGAUCCAUUAUCUCUAGAACUAGUCUAUUGCAUGAACACUAUCUCCCGUUCAUACUCUCUUCUCAGUUCUAGUGAGAUUUCAUUGAAUAGUUUAGGCUGCUGAAGACUUUCUGAUUUACUGUCAAAUGUUGAUAGAACUUAGACUACACACAGAGAGAGAGAGAGAGAUUACUUUGGACUUGUUUCACAAAAAUCUGUACCUGUAAGCAGGCCAAUAUCGGCCCCCAAAGUGCAUGGCUCACUGCUCACUGAUAAGAGCAUGCAGUGGCUGGGUUAAAGGUCAAAAGUGACAAUAGUUGUAGUAGAAGAAGUCUGCAUAAAAACCUGGGUGCAUUUAUUACUAUCGCGCACCAGACUCAUACUGUACACUGCGGCUGUUGAAAGAGACUAAUUUAUCACCAACAUUAUUACUGUUAUCUAUUAUAGGACCUGCAUUUGUUAUGGUUAUGUCAUGGUUAUGAUGAAAAUAUUAAUCUUUCAAGUCAGACCUGCUGUUGUCCUCUUCACAGUAAUGUGUUCUCACCUACAAUGAUAUGACAAUCAGUUGUAUGAAUCAGUUACAUGAAUUACAUGAACUUCCAUGACCUUACUAGCCUGGUCCCAGAUCUGUUUGUGCUUUUGUCUACUCCAUUAUCAUUGGCAUGACAAUUCCAUAAGAAGUUGGCAGGAGAGCAGAAACAGACUGGCAACCAGGCUAUGACUUUACAUUACUGAUAACAUUACAGUAAUGACAGUACAGCAGUGUGGCAGCAUAUGUUACAACAAUAAUGACAGAGUGUUUUCUUUCUGAGCCAGGCCUCGAUGAGGAAGACAGCUCUGUUUGACUUCCAUCGGGACCAGGGAGGUAAGAUGGUGGAGUUUGCUGGAUGGAGCAUGCCUGUCCAGUACAAAGACAGCCACAUCCACUCCCACAUGCACACUCGCCAGCACUGCUCCAUCUUCGACGUCAGCCACAUGUUACAGGUGAGAGGGAUUUCAUUUAGCAAAUUUGCAUGGGUAGAUAUUGUGUGCUCAUUGUAUUGGCUAUAGCAUCCAUUUUGUGUUUCUCAAACAGAGCAAAGUCCACGGAAGAGACAGAGUUAAGUUUAUAGAGUCUAUGAUCGUUGGAGACAUAGCAGAGCUGAAGGACAACCAGGUGAGACAAAUGCCUGCAGAAAGACACACAAGCACAUACACUUAAUUCUCCCACACAGCGACACACUCUUCUCACACUUUUAUCUCCAGGGCACGCUCACCCUCUUCACCAAUGACAAGGGAGGAAUAAAUGAUGAUCUCAUCGUCACCAAGACAGACCAAGGCUACCUCUACGUGGUGUCCAAUGCUGGCUGUGCAGACAAGGACUCCGCCAACAUGAAGGUCAGUAGUCCACAAACAUCUUGUCUGCGACAACCAUCACUCCAAGUUUUGGAUGGAUUUGUAAUGCUUUAAUAAAAUGUAAUUUCUGUUUCUUAUUUCUGAUCCUUUCUGUGUUAAUGUAGGCUAGACUAGCCGAGUUCAAAGCUGCUGGUCAUGAUGUGGAGCUGGAGUUUCUGGAGGAAUGUUUGAUUGCCGUUCAAGGUAAGUUAUCUUAUGGCAACGUCCGUUCUACUCGAUAUAUAUAGAUUUCUGGUCGUUCCACAAUGUUGUGCCCUCCUGAAUAUGGCCCUGUGUUAAAGUAGUGUGUGACCUGGGUCGUAUUCUUUAGGUACCCAACAGAAGAAAACGGACUGAAACGGGGAGGAACUACCAUAAGAUAUUUUAGUUUGCCGUUGCAAAUCAUUUCGCUACGAUGUGUACUAAAGAAUAUGACCCUGUACAUGUCCUCCUCAGGUCCCUCCAUGGCCAAGGUACUCCAGCCGGGACUGACAGAUGACCUCAGCAAGUUGACCUUUAUGACCAGCACCCUGGCCACUGUGUUUGGGAUCCAGGGCUGCAGGGUGACCCGCUGUGGCUACACCGGAGAAGACGGAGUGGAGGUGUGUCUCUCAUUCUCUCUUUCUUAGUAUUUCAGUAGAGAUGGAUGUUUUUGUGUGCUCUGUGCAUUUCUUUCAAGAACCCUUUGUCUGAAAGCAAUUGGCAUUUGUAAGAAAAUAAUGUGUUUCCUUCCUUGUGUUGCAAAAUUGUAUUAGUCAUUUCCUCCUCAUCCUCCCGUUCAGAUCUCAGUGCCUAAAUCUGGUGUGGUGGCCCUGACGGAGCGCCUGUUGGCCAACAGUGAGGUCAAGCUGGCCGGACUGGGGGCGCGAGACAGUCUGAGGCUGGAGGCAGGCCUCUGUCUCUAUGGUAAUGACAUCGAUGAGACCACUACCCCUGUGGAGGCAACACUGGUGUGGACCAUAGGUAACUCCUCAUUAUUAUACACUCCCUUAUAGUGUGUGUGUGUCUCUGUCUGUCGGUCUGUCUGUGUCUCUGUGUGUGUUAAUUGGGUUGUUUGAUGGACUUACAGGAAAGCGUCGUCGUCAGGCGAAGGAUUUCCCCGGUGCGGAGAUCAUUGUCCCCCAGAUAAAGGCAAAGACGACGAGGAAGCGUGUGGGCCUGGUGUCCACGGGACCCCCUGUCAGACAGCACACCCCCAUUCUCAGCCCAGAGAGAAAGGUCAUAGGUCAGUUAGAGGAUCUCUACUCGCUAUUACAAGAUACAAGAUCUGAAUAAUCAUAUGUAAAAGUUUGAUUAUGCCUACUUAGGAUCAGGAUACCACACCUGAUGAUUUUCUGUUAUUGUUUGUCUUUGUUAGUAGGCCUAUACUGUAGUGUUAUUUAUGCCCAACUGUGACACUGUUCCAUUUAAAUUUAGCUGUGUGUGGAUUGCUGUUGAGAUUAGAUUCAACUUUCUUUUCAUCUGUUUUUUUUUCUUUUUCAGGUGAGGUCACCAGUGGUUGCCCCUCCCCCUGCCUGAAGCAGAACGUUGCCAUGGGUUACGUGGAUGCGGCGUACGCCAAGAAUGGAACUCCCAUUCAGGUGGAGGUGAGGAAGAAGGCAGUGAAGGCAGUGGUCACCAAGAUGCCCUUCGUGCCUACAAACUACUACUCUGGCCAUUAGAUCUGUCCCUCAAUGGACACCUGGCUUAUGAGAUCAGCCUGCGGACAGUACCCUGACCAGACAGACUGCCUCCUACUGACCACCAGAGAUCAGUCUAUCAGAGCAAAUGCUGCCGCCUUGUGUUUACCUUGAGCAGUGACACUCAAACCUGAAGGACUGCAAGGCUUUCUUUAGCAAUAGAGAAUGGGUAAUGAGAGUGUGUGUCCUUGCCUACACCCACAACUCCACUUAACUACACAAAUACAGCUACACUCUUGAGGAUGAGGCUUUUCACUCCUGUUAUCUGAAGCUUGUUGAUGGUCUUUAGACCACAGUGAGUUGUGUGAAUGAGCCAUAUGGUUUGAAGGACAAGGAUAUCACUGACUCACUGACCAGUCAGCAAAAGCAGCAACACAUGCUAUGUAAACCAAGAGACACAGCAGCAAGUCAUGUGUACAGGACUACUGAGCAAAAUGUUUUCUCCUGUCUUACAUUCUAAUAGUAUGAGUAUGAAUCUAAACUUGCAUUUUACAGGCUAAGUGGCACAAUGACAUGUGUUAAUGUUUACUAAUUGCUAAUUUAAUACUAUAUAUCAGCAGGAACAAACAACUCUCCAUAUGAUUCCAAAUUGCUUUUGUGAUACUUUGUCUUUAGGCUUGUACCACGAUCCUAGUUGUCACAUUCCCAACAAACUAAAACUGAACAAUAAAUGCAGUAAUGUGUGGCCAAAAUGCAAUACCUUGCUUACAAGAAAGCUUGAGAAACUAGAAAUGUAACUACUGUAAAGUAUCUUAGAGGGGUUCAUGGUCUUGCAUCUCCCCUCUAGUAUUGAAAUAUUGUCUCAAUGUUUUUGAUAUUCACGUUUGUUCAUGUGAAUUCCUUAAUUUGUAUAGCUAGGUAAUGAUGUAGUUUGUAUUUAAUACCCUCAUAUUUUCCUUGUAAUAUAGGUUGUAAUUCACAUAUAAUUAAAUAUUAGAACUCAGUGUAAUUCAAAUAUAUUAUACCUUUCUCAUUGUUGUGGAAAGCCCUCACUUUGGAGAAUUGUCAUUGCAAUUUGGAAGUCACAUGACUCCACUACAUCUAAGUUAAACAUCUGUCACUAAUGUUGUUUGACAAUUGCCAAAAUGUAUGGACUACUGUAUUUACUGCUGAUUAAUGCAUGAAUCAAUUGAAAUUGAUUAAUGCCCUGUGUGUUGUCUUUCUAACAUUCAAGAUUUUGUUGUUUGCAAAUUAUUAAACACGAUUUUCCCA